AUGAUCCAAUCCGGCCCCUUUUCACAGUCAACCACCGGGUAUGUCCAUCAAACCCAUCUGCCGGCGCCGACGCCUGUGCUAGAGCACGCAGCUGCGUACCGAGCAAGCAAUAGUGCAUCACCCGCUCUAUCGAGUAUUGCGGGACAAGCGGGUCAAUCUCACGUUGGAUCGCAGCCGCUACAGGGGAAGCAGCAAGCACCAACGACGGCCGGUAGCGGCAAUACCAUCCCAACCGCUGGAGCAGCACCAACGGACUACUCUCGCGUCUACAGCUGGAUUCAAGAUUUACUGAGCACCCAUCCAAACAACUCUGCGCGUCGCGAAGCAGCGCUGCUCGAGCUGUCCAAGAAGCGCGAAAACUUUGACGACUUGGCAUUGAUUCUGUGGAAUGCAUACGGCGUCAUGACUUCGCUGCUGAUUGAAAUUACGGGAGUCUAUCCGCUGUUGGAUCCGCCAGUGUUGACAGUACAGGCGAGUAAUCGCGUAUGCAAUGCGCUUGCUUUGCUUCAAUGCGUUGCAUCGCACCCGCAGACUCGCAGUCAUUUCCUCAAUGCACACAUACCGCUCUUCCUCUACCCUUUCCUCAAUACGACGAGCAAAGCGAGACCCUUUGAGUACCUGCGACUGACCAGUCUUGGUGUCAUUGGCGCCCUUGUGAAAAAUGACUCUAGCGAGGUCAUUAGUUUUUUGCUCAGUACAGAAAUCAUUCCGCUAUGCUUGCGCAUCAUGGAGACUGGUUCGGAGCUGAGCAAGACAGUCGCCAUCUUUGUGACGCAAAAGAUCUUAAAUGAUGAAGGCGGACUGGCUUACAUCUGCCAAACAUACGAGCGUUUCUAUGCCGUUGGCACAGUGCUGUCUAACAUGGUGCAGCAGCUGACAACCACACAGGCUGUGCGUCUUCUCAAGCAUGUUGUGCGGUGCUACCUCCGUCUGAGCGACAAUGCUCGUGCUAGAGAAGCACUCCGGCAGUGUCUUCCCGAACCACUUCGAGACGCAACAUUUUCCAUGGUCCUCAAGGACGAUGUGGCUACAAAACGAGCUCUUGCCCAGCUUUUGAUGAAUCUCAGCGACCAGUGA